UUGCAGAACCUUACAGCCUGUCUUGGCCAGCGGGAGCUCAUUUCUUUCAGGUUUUCUGAGGUUGCAAAGUCCACUGUCAUCAUGUCUGACACAGAGGAAGUUGGGGUCGAGGAAUACGAUGCUGUAGAAGAGGAGGUAGUAGUGGAGGUAGAGGUGGCCCCUGAGGCGGCCCCUGAGCCAGAGCCAGAACCACAGCCAGAGCCAGAACCAGAACCAGUGGUAGAACCAGAACCAGAACCAGAACCUGAGCCUGAGCCUGAAGACGCCACUGAAGAGGAAGAGGAGAAGCCAAAGUUCAAGCCCACCGCCCCAAAAAUCCCAGAGGGUGAGAAAGUGGACUUUGAUGACAUCCAGAAGAAACGUCAGAACAAGGAUCUGAUGGAGCUGCAGGCCCUGAUCGAUGCUCACUUUGAGCACAGGAAGAAGGAGGAGGAGGAGCUGAUCGCCCUCAAGGAGAGGAUUGAGAAGCGUCGUGCCGAGAGGGCCGAGCAGCAGAGGGUCCGUGCUGAGAAGGAAAAGGAGCGCCAGGCCAGACGUGAGGAGGAGAGGCGGAUCAGAGAGGAGGCUGAUGCCAAGAAGAAGGCAGAUGAGGAUGCCAAGAAGAAGUCGGCUCUGUCCAGCAUGGGCUCCCAGUACAGCAGUCACCUGCAGAGAGCUGACCAGAAGAGAGGAGGAAAGAAAGAGACUGAGAGGGAGAAGAAGAAGAAGAUCCUGGCCGCCAGGCGCAAGCCGCUGAACAUCGACCAUCUGAACGAGGAAAAGCUGAAGGAAAAGAUCAAAGAGCUGCAUGACUGGAUGACCCAGCUGGAGUCUGAGAAGUUCGACCACACGGAGAGACUGAAGAGGCAGAAGUACGAGGUUCUCACGUACAGGAUUCGCAUUGAUGAGUUGCAGAAGCACAGCAAGAAGGGAGCUGCCCGCCGCAGAAAGUAGAUCAACCCGGCCCGCCACUGCCCAGAAACCAAACCAGGAUCAUCUCGGACACACGCCUGAUGAAGCAAUGCACGCUGUGGCAAAGGUCUUAGCUCAGAAGAAGCCUGUAAUGCUGAGGUUUACCCUGCAGCUAACCAACCACACUAUGAAACAUGCAAACAGGAGCCUUUAGCUGCUCUUCAGUAGAAAUAAAACCCAUUAAACUAUGUUGCCGUCACGCUUCCUCACCCUCGACUGUUUGGUUCUCAGUAUUUUUGUAAAUAAAGUGUGACACUUCAAGCCA